AUGGUCAAGGCCAGUGCAGGUACCGGCAUUUUCAGUGCCACGUACAGUGGAAUUCCCGUUUAUGAAUUCCAAUUCGGCGGCGACCUAAAAGAACAUGUCAUGCGAAGGAGGCACGAUGACUGGAUCAACGCAACACACAUCUUGAAAGCCGCAGGCUUCGACAAACCCGCCCGAACGAGAAUUCUAGAAAGAGACGUGCAGAAGGAUGUUCACGAAAAGAUUCAGGGUGGCUACGGCAAAUAUCAGGGAACAUGGAUCCCCCUCGAAGCCGGCGAGGCCCUCGCCCAGCGGCACAGUGUCUAUGACCGAAUACGGCCCAUCUUCGAGUUCGUUCCAGGAAACGAGAGCCCCCCUCCCGCUCCUAGGCAUGCCAGCAAGCCUAAAGCACCAAAGUCCCGUCCUCCGCUUCCCAAAUGGAAUUCGGCGGCAGCCGCCAUGCCAGUUGUCGAAGAGUACGAGAACAGUGAGAGCGUCAUGGCUGGCGUGGAAGACGAUACGCCGGACAACCUCACCGUAGCUUCGGCCUCGUACGUUGCCGAUGAUGAUCGCUACGACAUGGGCCACAUGUCCACUGGCCACCGCAAGAGAAAGAGAGAAGAGCAGUUACAGGAUCUCACGGAGCAGCAGCACGCCGUGUAUGGCGAUGAGCUUCUGGACUAUUUCCUCCUUUCUAGAAAUGAGCAGCCAGCAGUCAAGCCCGAUCCGCCGCCAAACUUCCAGCCCAACUGGCUUAUUGACGCAGAGAACCACACGGCCCUGCACUGGGCUUCCGCUAUGGGCGACGUGGACGUGAUCAAGCAGCUCAAGAGAUUCAAUGCAGACGUUGCCGUCCGCAACAUUCGCGGCGAGACACCAUUUAUGCGAUCAGUCAACUUCACAAAUUGCUACGACAAGCAGACGUUCCCCUCCGUCAUGAAGGAGCUCUUUGAGACAGUGGAUGUUAGGGACAGCCAGGGAUGCACCGUCAUCCACCAUGCAGCCAUCAUGAAGAACGGCCGCGUCUACAGCCCGUCGUGCUCAAGAUACUACCUGGACAACAUACUGAAUAAGCUGCAGGAGGCGCUGGAGCCGAGUGCCUUCCAGCGGCUCAUUGACGUGCAGGACACUGACGGAAAUACAGCGCUGCACCUCGCUGCCCUGCGCAACGCUAGGAAAUGCAUUCGUGCGCUGCUGGGCCGCAAUGCCUCGACGGACAUUCCCAACAACGACGGGGUCCGCGCAGAAGACCUCAUCAUGGAGCUCAAUGCUCAAAAGAAGGACCGUGGGCCACAGCGGUCAUCUUCUCCCUUUGCGCCGGAUUCCCAGCGGCGCGCCACCUUUAGGGACGCCUUCUCGGCGGCGGCCACGACGGUUCAGUCGCGCAUCUCCCCGCUCAUUAUGGAAAAGUUUCAGCUGCUCGCGAAAAGCUAUGACGAGGAGUGGCACGAAAAGGACGUGGCAGAGGCCGAGGCCCGGCGCAUCUUGACAAACACCCAGGCCGAGCUGAACGCCGUACGGCAGCAAAUCACGGAGCUCGAAGCUCAGCUCGAACCAGACGACGUGGCUGCCAAGGUCAUGAGCGAGGCUAACCUCGUCAGGCACAACGUGCUGUCCCUAAUUACCCACCAAAACAGGUUGCAUAUCCACCAGACGGUGGAAAACGAAAUGAGCAAGCUGAACGGCGAUGGCAGCAGCAGCAGUAAUCCCAACAACGCAGGCAUGCAGGACGACUCUUACGAGGAACGGCUUACUCUCGCGCGACAGCUCAGCCAGAUGCUUAUGGAGCAGCGGCAGGCAGAGACGGAAUACGUCGACGCCCUAAGCAUGGUGGGUGUCGGCGACAAGAUCGAAAAGUACCGCCGCCUGCUGAAGCGCUGCCUCGAUUCCAAAGACGGCGAGGUCCUGGACGCGAAUCUCGACAGCCUGAUUGACAUGAUGGAGGAGGAGCGCGAAGUACAUGACAUGGACGGGUCGACAACAGCGGGGGGUGAGCCGAUGGAUUUUGCAGUUAUGUGA